UUUGUCCUGUCGGGCUUGCCGUUGCCCGGUGCUGGAGGUCGGGCAUGCUCAUGAAACGUCCAAUGCGAAACAUUCUGCAGGCGCCGAAAAGAGCGUGAUUAACAUUAAAUUACAAAGAUAUGUGGGACACUCGACUUUUAAAAUCGUAUUUCUGUUGAGCUGAUACCCUGCGAGCUAAAGGAAAGUGCUAAGGAUAUUCAAAGGAGCGCCGAUAACUGCCCGUCCGUUUUGUCCUACAAAGGCGGCGAGUGUUUGACAGCGGGAGGGCCCGACGUUAGGUAAACUGCUGGAAGAGGAGGACGGCUUGCAGAGGACUCCAUGAAACAGUAAAGACGGUCCUUUCUAUUGAGGGUAGCGAUCUCAAACAUGAGAAAGGACGUGAGGAUAUUACUUGUUGGGGAACCCAAGGUGGGGAAGACAUCACUGAUUAUGUCUCUGGUUAGUGAGGAGUUUCCUGAUGAGGUUCCUCUGAGAGCUGAGGAGAUAACCAUCCCAGCUGAUGUCACACCAGAGAGAGUUCCCACACACAUUGUGGACUACUCAGAAGCAGAGCAGUCAGAUGAGCAGCUGUAUCAGGAAAUCUCCAAGGCUAAUGUAAUCUGCAUAGUUUACUCUGUUAACAACAAGAAGUCGAUUGAAAAGGUGACAAGCCACUGGAUUCCCCUCAUAAAUGACAGAACAGAUAAAGAUAGCAGGGUACCAUUGAUUCUCGUGGGGAACAAGUCUGACCUUGUAGAACACAGCAGCAUGGAGACCAUCCUACCAAUCAUGAAUCAAUACCAGGAUAUUGAAACCUGUGUAGAGUGCUCUGCCAAAAACCUGAAAAACAUCUCUGAGCUGUUCUACUAUGCCCAGAAGGCUGUUCUCCACCCGACAGGACCUCUGUACUGCCCGGAGGAGAAGGAGCUGAAAUCUUCUUGCAUUAACGCUCUAACAAGAAUAUUCAAAGUGUCUGACCUGGACAAUGAUGGGAUCCUUAAUGACAACGAGCUCAACUUCUUUCAGAGGACAUGUUUCAAUACACCGCUGGCACCACAAGCCUUAGAAGAUGUAAAGAACGUGGUCAGGAGGAACAUGACUGAUGGAGUUAAGAGCAACGGACUCACACUGAAAGGCUUCCUUUUCCUGCACACGCUCUUCAUACAACGAGGUCGACAUGAGACCACGUGGACUGUGCUGAGGAGGUUUGGUUAUGAUGAUGAUCUGGAGCUCACACAGGAAUACCUUUUCCCCUUGAUAAAGAUCCCUCCAGACUGCACCACAGAGCUUAACCACAACGCUUACCUCUUUCUCCAGAGUGUCUUUGACAAGCAUGACAAAGAUAGAGACUGUGCACUGUCACCAGAGGAGGUGAAGGACUUGUUCAAAGUGUUUCCCUACAUGCCAUGGGGUCCAGAUGUCAACAACACUGUGUGCACUAAUGAUCAGGGCUGGAUCACAUACCAAGGAUACCUCUCUCAGUGGACGUUAACAACAUAUUUGGAUGUGCAGCGUAGUUUGGAGUAUUUAGGUUACCUUGGCUACUCUAUAAUAUAUGAACAGGAGUCCCAAGCAGCUGCCAUGACUGUGACCCGUAACAAGCGCAUUGAUCUGCAGAAGAAACAGACCCAGCGCAGCGUCUUCUGCUGUAAUGUAUUGGGUGCACAGGGCAGCGGAAAGAGCGGCUUUCUCCAAGCUUUCCUUGGCAGGAACCUGCAGCGACAGAGGCGGAUCAAAGAAGACCACAAGUCCUUCUAUGCUAUUAGUACGACCUAUGUUUAUGGUCAGGAGAAGUACCUGCUGCUCCAUGAAGUGAUGCCAGAUUUUGACUUCCUGACAGAGACGGACUUGGCCUGUGACGUCGUCUGUCUGGUGUACGAUGUCAAUAAUCCCCGCUCUUUUGAAUACUGUGCUAAAGUGUACAAGCAAUACUUCAUAGACAGCAAAACACCAUGUGUGGUUAUUGCUGCAAAAUCCGACCUGCACGAAGUGCGGCAGCACUACAGCCUGUCGGCGCACGAGUUCUGCCGCAAGCACAAGCUCCACCCACCCCAGCCAUUCACAUGCAACACACCCGAAGCACCCAGCAAAGACCUCUAUACCAGACUCACCACCAUGGCUAUGUAUCCUCAUGUCCGCCUCCGCUGCAUGUGUUCCUGCAACAGGUGCACUUAUUGCCUGUGUCAAAACCUCCUCAAGUUGGAGCUGCUGCGCAGUGUUAAGGCCCAACUCCGCAGGGUCGUUUACAACAGCUCCAGCCAGCCGAGCCGCUCUCUGUACAGUCUGACACAGCGAAGUGUGACCAUGCUGUGCCAGCUAACACCCAGGCUGCUAGCCAGGGAGGUACCGGUGUGUUCGUACACAUGUUUCUGGCUGCCGCUCUUCCUCUUCCUCUUGCAUGUGUUUACUCUCUUUUAACACCCAUUGUAAUGCUGCAUGGCUCACUCUUCUGUCUAACUGAAGGCCUCAGUCCUCAGUGAAAUACUGCUAUCUGGUGGUUGGGAAUGGCUUUGCAUCUGUCUGUCUACAUUAAUGGGGAGCUUGGUGUUGUGAGUUAAAUGGAGGAGUUUUGUUGAAACACAGUGUUUUUAUUUUAAGUUCUUGGAUUGGGCAGAAGCGUGUGGUGUGUUUUCCAGGUUCUUUGUCAGUUAAUGAAGAUAAUUUAAUCCUGAAAUGGACCCAGGCAGAGCUGCAUGUCAUGCUGCGUCCAGCACUAACCCUUUGUGUUGUAUUUUUCUUCUCUGGGAAUUGUUUCUAUUAAUAGCAUGACGCUAAACAAGGCAGGCCUGGCAGAGGAUGAGGCUGACACACCACACUGAACAGCUGGUGUAGAUUAUCUUGCAACUGGUCAUAUUUGGUCAGUUGACAUUGUGAUUUUGGACAUUUUUCCUGGUGUGUGACAUUCUGAAGUUUUUCAGGUUGAUAAAAUUACAAGCAACAGUAGCAAGGAGAAAAAAAAUUAUGGUAAAAUGUAAGAAAUGCUGCAGGUUGCUCAUGGUUUCCAUUUAAUUUCGAAUACUAAAACAAAACAAAACAAAAAAUAUUUUUAUCUGCUUAUUUUAUCAGCGGACAAGAUUAGUAAUGUAAAGAGUAAAUGGCUCAACAUUUCCAGUCUGGCUUCCAUGUGGUGUGUGUUGCUUUUAUUCAUGAUGUGUUCAAGGAGCUUUUCACUGUUUCAAGUUUGUGGUUAAGUCUGAUUUGUUAAAGUUGCUGUUGUGGUAAAGGAAAAGGACUGACUCCCCUGCAGCCUGCAUGGAGCUGGAGGAAGCUGAUGAAAUUACAUUUAAUGUCAGCAUCUCCAUGUGUCUCUCUGCUAAUUGAACACAAUUUUAUUUUAAGCGAACUCAAUUUAUAAAACACAGUGUAAGACGUACAAGUGCUUUACAGAGCAAAAAACUAAAUGGGAAAGGACACUAUAAAAACAAUGUACAAGACUGAAAUGAUAAAAGCAUUUAGUUAAAAAAGGUUUGUAAGUAGCAAUAAAAGCAUAAAUUAAAAGUAUUAGGUUAAAAGUGCACCAGAUGUACCAUCUGUAAACAAAUAAAUAGCUGUGUAUUUUGUUGUUAUCCAUCUUUUUCUAUGACUAUUAAACAUUUAUAAUGUGGAUUAUAAAAUGAUGGAAACAGCCGUUUUUGCAGUUAAUAAGAAGGUACUGUAGUGGAAAACUUAGUUUAUAAUAGGACAUCAAACAGUGGUAACAUCAGGGCUUAAACAGUUGAUUCAUAGAGAAGCUUAUAAUGAAAUUUUAAUGACUGAAGCAUUUCAGUUCUUUUCUGUACAUAGUAAACAAAAUUUUCUGCUUUCAAUACUGAAUAUUUGCCAUUUUUCCCCCUUUGUUUUGCUCUCUGCCAGGAUGAUUAACUACAUUUUGAAUAUUUAAACUUUUUGUAGAGAAUGCAGACACUUAAUCCAGUUCAGACAGAUGAUUCUUUAUCAGUCAUUAUUAGUUGCAAUCCAAGUUAUUUUUCCUCAGCAUCCCCCAGCUUCACCUGGUUGUAUAUAAGUGUGUGAGUGUGUGAGCACAGCCAGGCCACUGUGUGACACUGACUGUGCUUGGAGGUCUGCUGGGCUGGGUGGAGGUUGCUUUGGGCUGCCUGCAGUCAGAGGUGGAUUUCAGCCUGACGUAGCAGGUCACAACCAUCUCCCACGUGGAGGAGUCCAUUUAUAUGGAGGCUCCAGCUGAGCAGCCAGUUCCUCCAGAAAGGUAAAGGAAGGAACGACAUGCAGAGAGAGGUGUGUUUCAUUUGUAUAUGUGGAGGGACGGGCUCUAUACUGUGUAUAGCAGCAUGUCAACAGGUCAUUUUAACCACGAUCAGCAAUGUUGACGUUUAUGUUCAGAUAUGUUUCUCUAUUUUUAGUAGAGCAGGAAUGAGUGACCAGGUGUUGUCUGCUAGAGUCAGUGUGUGUGUGAGAUUUACCCAUUGUUAAUCCUUAUAGCACACAUUGGUUUCUAUUUCUCUCGUUUUCUGCGUUCUUCAUUUGCUUCUUUCUUCUCUGUUUCAGCCUACAUAGAUGACUUUUGCUUUACUUUUUUGACAGCUCUGGUGUUAGGCCAAUUAUCCAAAGCUAAAGAAGGGUCAUAGGGGAAAAUUAAGAUUUUUUUUUUUUAAAAGAUGUUUUAAAAUGAUGUAUGUCUGCCUUUUUUUUGACUGCAUUCACACAUAUGGACCUCCUUCAUAACUGAUCGUAUAAGAUGCUCAUUGGAUCCCAAACCCUUUUUCCUUGAUAUAAACACGUAGUAUGUAACGUGACAGAAUUGCUUCUCUCUUGAUUGUGGUUAUUCUUGUGAAUAUCCAGCAGCCUCACAACAGGAGAGAUGCUAAGUAUUUUAUUCUAAUGUAAAUGCAGUGGUAAAACCUCAAAUUGAAAGCAAAAAAUACUAAAUAUUCCUGUUUUUUUUUAGAUUGGUUCCUCUCCUGAGACUCCUCCUGGACUAAAUUUAAAUAUGUGUGGGUUUUAUUUCAUUUAGUGUGAGUUAGAGCUGCUGCUUCGCAACCUUUUCUUCUCACCCUGUUCCUGAAACCAAAACCAAAUGUUAAAGCAAAGCAUGUUCCUGUUUCAAGCUGGAAUCACAGGGCACUGAUUUGUCAUUUGUGGUCCAGACUAAGGAAGUCCUCACUGGAGAGUUUGCAUGACUUUGUUUUGCCAUUUGGCUGCUCGCCCUGCUGUGGUUUCAGCAGCAGAGAAAAUAGGAUCCCUCAGUUUUCUUUGUGAUUCCUGCUGUUUUUCUUUGCCAUUUCCUUCCCUCACUUUCUCCAUGUCGUUUCUGGCUUCACCCAACAGGCACAUGGCUCAGGCUGACCUGAAGAACUCCACCUUCUGGCUUAGAGCGAGCGUCGGCGCCACAGUGUUCGCCGUGUUGGGCUUCGCCAUGUACAGAGCACUUCUCAAACAGCGGUGAUCAGAUGGCAUGACACCCCCUGACCCGACCUAAAAGACUCAAAAAGACUGGCUGACAAACCAACCAACCAGGCCUCUCAAACCCCAUCUCCACCUCAUCCUUGUCUCACAAUGCACCAUGAGCAAAGAACAAAUGAGAGUAAUGGGUGUAUUUUAUACUAGAGUGUGUUUUCUUUUUUUAUGCUGUGGUGGAAAGGGGCACCUGUCAAUCAUUCACUUUGUAAAAGUUGACAUUCUCUGACCUUUUGGUCUAGCUUAGGUGAGAUUAGACAGUCGUAGUCACUGGAUUAUAUCAGCUGAUCCAGUCCUUUUUUCCUCAGGUCAAUAUAUUUAGUUAAGACUUUUAAAAACCAGAAAGAGGCAGCCAAACAGUGACACUAAGGGACUUGAAUCUGUUUAUAGUUAUGUACAUGCAGUAUAUUAUGUACGUAUUCCUUAAGAAUUAUAGGACCUGUAGACUGUACCACCAACAGGACAUGCUCGGACAAAUGGCUCUAACACUAGGAAGGUCAUGAAUGCCACACAUAUUGCGUUUAAUUUGUGUGUUAAUUUAUUAACCUGUUAUCUGUUUUGAGUGCACCGCAUGGAACAGAUUUUUCAUGUAUUUUUGUAUUUAGUAUUAUCAAAGCUGUCCUCAUGGCUCAUUAUUAAUGACUGUUUUUAUUUUUCUGCUUUAAAACAAAAAAAAACAAACAUUUGAAAAGCAUAAAAACCUCAUUUUUAUGGCAGCACCAUGAAACAAGAUUCUGCUAUUAACAAGCUUUUCAGCGCACUCCCCGCAACUUAAAACUAUGAAAGUGUUUCUUCUUGUUCUUUUCCAGCAUUUACAAUAAAGAAUUGUACGACCUGGUA